AUGUCAGAUCACUCGGGUCCAGUUGUUCGAAAAGUGUUCCUUCUCGAAGCAUUCCUCAACCUCCUCUCCUUACCUCUAAUCACCAACACCCGCACCGUGCUCUCAUACCUCCUCCGAAACCCAGCCCAUAUCAACGCUUCUUCUAUACUUUUCGCCAGACUCUUUGGAGGAAUAAUCAUCGGUGGACUCACCACUGGUUUGUUAUAUGGUGCGGCACACAUACCCAGUCGAAGAGCCGUCUACUGGACAUUGGGAAUGGGAGAGGUUUUCUUAAUUCCCAUUUUGGCGUUGGAAUCGACCAAUCCCCAAAGUGCAUUGACUAGGAAGACCGCACUGGCUAGUAUUGGCUUGUUGGCACCUCCGCUGGCUUGGAGGGUGUACCUACUGUAUAUGAGACCCGAGUGGAUUGGGAGAGAGAGGGCAGGAAAGAAUGAGCGACAACCUCUCGUAAGGGAUGAACAAUAG